AUGCUUUUGUUUACAUGAAGUACUGAUGUUGAUUUAAAUAGCAUUCUUAAAAUUUGACCAUGUUUAUACAAUCGGAUCCAAAAAGAAAAUUAAGGGAAUGGGGAGACUACACCCUGAUCAUGCCAGCAGUGUCGGUAGGAAAUGUUGGACAGCUUGCUGUGGACCUGCUUAUCUCGACACUAUGGAUGGAACGAGUGGGUCAUAUCCACCAUGAAAGCAUCCUCCCUCUGGUUGGCAAUGAUCCAUUUGCUCAUGAAGACUUCAGUGACUGUAAACUUGUAACUAGCUGUGAUGUGUAUGAGAGCAUUGAACACAAAGUAGUGGUUAUACAGCAGAGGGCUCCAUUUGUCAGGGGGAAAAUGGCAAUGUUUAGAAAAUGGUUGAAAGAAUGGGUCACCAGCAUGUCCUUUACAAGGCUGGUUAUCCUGACAAGCAGUCGCAGUGAGGAAAGACUAGAUGUACAGCUGCAGGGAGACCAACUUCGUUUCCUUGCCUCCCAGUCCAUGGAGGACUCCUCAACGUGCCAAAGGCUGCGUGCUGCUCCACUUAAUUGGCUGGAUCUAGAACGCAGGCACACAUUUCCAGCUCCAACCCCAGAAGAGCUUCAAAAUGGACAGAAACAACCAGAUUAUAUAUACAUACCAGGAGGUGGAAUAGCCAAGUCUUUACUGGAGGAAUGUGGGAAGGAGAUGCCAGUUUUGGUUUUGAUGCUGUUCUGUUCAGAAGGAGACAAUGCUCAGGAUGCUAUUUAUCUGGCGUCUCGACUAAACAUGUGGCUCGAUCUCGUGGACAUGAAGCCAAAGAAAAAUGAAGAUGGAAAAAUAAUUAAACCACUUCCAGGAUGGAAAAUUCCUUUGUCGUGGCGGCAUUUAUUUGGUGCUCGGGUAGAUCAGACAUUAUACCACUGACACAGCCUGAUUGGGACAUAUAAAGAUGCCGUUAUGUUGUAUGGAAAUACUGAUAUCACAUUCACUGCCUUGUGUGAGUUUCCUUGCUGGACAGGCUGUCACAAACAGACAAUAUCACACAUAAGAGAGAAUUUCACAUAUGUGAUAAACUUGUGUAAGUUUCUACAGGAUAUUUGUGAUAGGUGUAUAUGUGACUGGAUAUUUGUGAGAUUGUUUUAUCUCAGUUUCAUUCUAAUAUUCUCAUGAACUGACAUGGAAUUUACUUGACUAUGAAAUUUUAGUGAUUUAUCAACAAUGGGACAUUUUUAUGGAAAAAAAAAGAAGAAUUUCCAAACAUUUUGAACAUUAUGUAGAUAAGUUGUCCUGCUGGUUGUUAUACAAGUAUAGCCACCAUCUUUCGACCCUGAAACAAAAAUUCAAUACAAUGUUGAAAGGCAUUUGUUGUUGAAGUAACAAAUAAGAAAUAUUGUUUGACAGGAAAUUGAUAGAAUUUCUGUCUACACAUUUGUGCUUAUUUUAAGCAAUAUAAGUUGAUUGUGGCAGCUUUCAAAUGAACCAAUAUGAAAACAAUGAUUCAUCAUUGAUUGCGGCCAUAACUUACCUUUCAAAUGAAGCAAUAUUUCAAAUCAAGUGAUUGUGUAUUAAAAAAUUCAUAAAUAUAAAAACAGGGGCUUUGUAUAAUUUCAAAUGAAAAAAUUGAUAUAUAUAAAAACAGGAGUUCUGUUUCAUUUCAAAUGAAGCAGUAUUUCAAUAUAUCCAAGUUUAAAUUAAGUGGGGUGAACUUAGGUAUUAAAGGUGUAUUUACGUAAUUAUUGGAAAUUGAAUGGUUAUCUCAAAUCUCAAUCCAACCAACAAUCCUCAAGUUGUUUGAUAGAUAUAAUUUAUCAGUACUUUUACUUAGAAUGGUAAAAUAGAAUUAAUAACACAAAUAAAUAUGUCUUAAAACACUUAACACUGAAAUUUGUAGCCAAUAAUACACUUAACACUGAAAUUUGUAGCCAACAAAAUCUCUUUGGAAUGGUAUCAUUUUAUUGUUGUGUGCACUUGUGUUAUAAAAAUUGCCAUGUUGUGUUGUAUUCAAAUGUGCACGAAGUUGAA